CCUUAAGUAAACAAAGUGGAUUUGAUGUGAUACACACCCACGACAUAUAUUUAUACCAAAGAAGAGAUGCUGUACUAGCUGUUAAGAUCAUUCAUAAUUUCGGAAACAAUGUUUGCAUCAGUUCUUGUCACAGCUUUAGCUGUUGGAUUAGUAUUUGGAUCCCCAACAGACAGACUUACUAAAGCAAUAAAAGCUCAAGAAUUCAGCUGCUACUCCUGUGUUGAUUUACCCGAGGGAGAGACAUGUGACCAGACCACUGUUUGUCAACCUGGCCAUGAACAUUGUAUGACCCAGCAUCACUAUGAAGAAGAUGGUACCAAACUAAUAACAACUGGGUGUAGUCACAUGCAUAUUUGUAUGAACAAAGAAGAAAACAAUGCCGAAGAGUGUUAUUGGGAUGAGAGUGGAGAUUUUGAAGGAUCUUGUACCUAUUGUUGUGAAGACAGUUUAUGUAACACAGUAGUCUCCCCUCACGAUGACGAUGACUGUGACGACCGUGACGAUAAGGGAAACUGUAUGAAAAAUUUACCUGCUGCAAAACCAAAUUCGAAAGGUGCCAAACCCAACUCAAAAGCCACUAAACCAAACUCCAAAGGAAAACCUACAAAACCAAAUUCGAAAGGUGCAAAACCCAACUCAAAAGCCACUAAACCAAACUCCAAAGGAAAACCUACAAAACCAAAUUCGAAAGGUGCAAAACCCAACUCAAAAGCAACUAAACCAAACUCCAAAGGGAAACCUACAAAACCAAAUUCAAAAGCUACUAAACCGAACUCUAAAGGAAAACCAGCAAAGCCAAACUCAAAAGCAACUAAGCCAAACUCAAAAGGAAAACCUACAAAGCCUAAUUCAAAAGCUACAAAACCAAACUCUAAAGGGAAACCAUCAAAGCCAAACUCAAAGGCGACUAAGCCAAACUCAAAAGGAAAACCAUCUAAGCCAAACUCAAAUGGUAGACCUACAAAACCAGUGCGUCCAAGACCUUCUAAGACACCAUCUGCAACUCAAGCUCAACAAACAAAACCACCUGCAACUAAUUCUCCUCAAACCAAACCACCUGCAACUAGCGCACCACAAACCCAACCACUUGCAACUAACGCGCCACAAACCAAACCACCUGCAACUAACGCACUACAAACCAAACCACCUGCAACUAACGCGCCACAAACCCAACCGCCCGCAACAAACGCACCUCAAUCCCAACAACCUUCCACGCAAUUGCCCACACCAUCAAAAGGGAGCGGAGGUUCUUCAUGGAAUGGUGAUUCUUCAAGCCUAGAACAUCAUGGUAAUCGUCCUUCAUGCCAUUCACACAAUGGGCGUCCAUGUUGUAAAAAUCAUGGUGGACCUGCAAUAAAUGUUGACGUCCAUGUCCAUAUAGAUGGUGGCAGUUAUGGAUUUGGCAAUUGUCCAGCUUGCAACAACAAUGGUGGUAAAUCUACUAAACAACCAGUAGUCAAUAUGCAAAAAACAGUUGCAACAACGCCCACUAAGUUGAAAGCAUUAGUAACUACUGAAAAACCAACAACUGAAAAACCAACAACUGAAAAACCAACAACCGAAAAACCAACAACUGUUAAAACACCACCAGCAACUAAAAAACCAACGACAGAAAAACCAACUACUGAAAAGCCAACGACAGUCAAAACACCUCCAACAACUGUAAACCCAACGACAGAAAAACCAACAACAGUAAAAACGCCACCAACUACGACAGCAGUUUUACAAACUACAGACAAACCAACUACACCAAAAGCACAAACCACGAAUGCUACAUUAACCACAGAGCAGCCUACAACAAUAAAGACGCCACCAACUACAGAUCAACCAACAACGACAAAAAUGCCACCGACUACAGACCAACCAACAACGACAAAGAUGCCACUCACUUCAGACCAACCAACAACGACAAAGAUGCCACCCACCACAGACCAACCAACAACGACAAAGAUGCCACCCACUACAGACCAACCAACAACGACAAAAGUGCCACCCACUACAGACCAACCAACAACGACAAAAGUGCCACCCACUACUGAACAACCAACAACGACAAAAGUGCCACCCACUACAUACCAACCAACAACAACAAAAGUUCAUCCAACUACUGAUAAACCAACAACUGCACCGACUUUUAUUCAAACAACUAUUUUAUCUACAAAUAUUCAUACUUCUACAGGUCAAGCAACUACUGACAAACCAACAACUGAAAAACCUACAACUGAACAACCAACCACAGUUCAACCGACUACAGAUAAACCAACUACAGCUAAACCAACCACUGUCCAACCAACCACAGAUAAACCAACAACUAUUCAACCAACCACAGCUAAACCGACAACUUUCCAAGCAACAACAGCUAAACCGACAACUGUUCAACCAACCACUGCUAAACCAACAACUGUUCAACCAACCACAGCUAAACCGACAACUGUCCAAGCAACAACAGCCAAGCCAACAACUGUUCAACCAACUACGGAUAAACCAACCACUGUCCAACCAACCACAGAUAAACCAACAACUGUCCAACAAACCACAGCAAAACCUACAACUGUCCAACCAACCACAGCUAAACCAACAACUGUUCAACCAACUACCGCUAAGCCAACCACUGUUCAAGUAACCACUGCUAAACCAACAACUGUUCAACCAACGACCGCUAAACCGACAACUGUUCAACCAACGACAGCUAAACCAACAACUUCCCAACCAACAGCUAAACCAACAACUGCUCAACUAAAAACAGUUCAACCAACUACCAUCCCAACUACUCAAAAACCAAGUUUUACUUGCUACACAUGUAAAGAUCAAGAAUGUCAAGACCAAAAACUCACAAGUUGUUCCUCUGGCUCUGAAUAUUGCAUGACAACCAUUCAGCAAGACAAAGAUGGCAAAAGAAUAUUUACGAAAGGAUGUGUAACAGAAAGCGUGUGUAAGAAUAAAUGGUGGUUAGCUACUGCACCAAACCCUGAUUGUCUUCUUAACAUGGAUGACGGACCUACUGGAUUACCAAACCAAGCAAUGACAUGUAGUUUCUGUUGCGUCACCAAAGAAUGUAAUGAACACGCAGUUCCGGAAUUCUCAACAUUUUACACCUCUACAAGAAGGCGAUAAACUAUGAGAAAAUUUACAUGUUCUUAUUUAAUUCAUUCCAAGUGAUUAUGUAUAUUGUAUUCUUAAUCGCGUCAUUGGUGAAAUUGCUCAAAAUGGAAACUUAACAACUAACAAUAAAUGAUACGAAUAACUCAAAUGUAGACAUUUUAACCUUGAAACAAACUUAUUUAUACUAUACAUGAGACUAAUUCAACAACCAUGUACACAUAUAUAUAUAUAUUCACUAAAUAAGGGAGAUUAAAAUUAUGAGAAUCAAAAAUUUGGUGUUCUGUUGUACUCUUUUACAAGGAGAAAUAUUGUUCUCCAAUACAGGACAACUUUCUGUAAAUAUGUUUUUUUUUAUCUUGACUUGUUUUUUUGAAUAAAAUACGUCGUGUUAUGUUGUGUUUUAAAA